GGAAUAAUUAUCACCAUAUUGGCAUUUUUACAACAAAGAAAAAGUUUUAAGAAAGACGUUUGGGGAGGUCGACCUGGAAUUGUUGUGUGAGUAAUAUAAACGAUUUCUAUAAACAGUACGUAUUUUUAUCAUUUAUAGACCCGGAGCGAGGGGGAUUCUGCGUAAUAUUUCCCGAAGUGAUGAUAUUUUCCGAGGGGCUUUGCCCGGAGGAAAAUAUCAUCACUGAGGGAAAUAUGUGAUAUAUUAUACCAAAAGUUAAAGUACUCACUAAGUUCAGAAUAAACUUAUAAAUAAAACUUGCUGACUGAAUAUUAUAAAAUACGCCAAUAUAUUAAUACAAUUUUUAAUUUCUUAUGUAUACCUGAGUUUUUAACGUUUUCUCUUUAAAAUAUUUGAGCAUGUAUCCUUUGGAUCAUUAAAGGUAACAUACGUCUUGAAAAUGUUUUGCUAAGUCAAAUAUUCUGUACGAAAAUACGAAAUCACAAACAACAGCUCGCGAACGCCAUAUUUUUUUAGAGCGUGGUGUCCACGCGUCACGCGUGAGCGUGGGACACUAUAAUAUUCCACGGUGGAUCUGCCGUGAGAUAUUUAUAGUAUCCCACGCUGGAUUGCGAAAUCAUGAAUUUGAGUGAAAUACCGUAAAAAUCACAUCACGUGGUACAAAUGCUGUUUUUUUAUUGGACAAUUUGAAUUUGAGGUAUAAUAUAUCGUUUUAUUUCCUCUAGCUGGCAUGGAAUAUAAAAACGUGUCUUUAUUCCAUGGCAGUAUUUAAUGUAUUCCAAUGUGCCGGUUUCCACUUUACAUGAGUAAAUGAGUAGGUUCAGAGGUAUGUUAAUAGUCGCAAUGGGACUGGGGGACUCGUAUUCCUCCUUUCCCCUACCCAUCUCCCCCCUGAUGCCUCUUUCCCACCCUUCUCCCCACAACUCCUUUGGAACCAACUUUAAUUGAGAGAUGCUUAAAUUUGUUGAGAAAUUUGGGGGGGGGGGGGUUGUACAAUAUAAUGUCCAGCUUAUUAUUCAGUGACAAAUAAAUUUAAAAUUUACAACACUUUGACAAACAUUAGAGAUAAAAGGAGGAAAUUAAAUUAUAUGUAAGGAAGCACUUCUUAUUCGAUUUAUGAUGUCUUGUUUAUUGUUUUUUAAGAAUUAUUAAGGACCAUGUCUUAUUCAGCUGGCAAAUUUGAUUGUAAUUGUGACUGCGCAGAGACUUCAGAUUUCAAAUGCCCCCAGUCCUGACCUUGCAGGACCCACCCAACAUUUUUUUUAUCAUGGUGAUAUACGGUGAUAACGGUGGUAUACGGUGAUAACCGCCCCCGCUGCACUUCUGGUUUCACUAGCUAUGCCAUUUAACAAGAGACCAUGCAUGCAUGCAUGCAUGCAGCAGUGCAGGUAGAAUGAUAUUAUAACCCUAUUAAUGCAUGUUAAAAUCAACGGCAAUUAGUAAAAUCAUAGGGUUCACAAACUCAUUCGUUGCAUUGCUGUUUAAAUACUAAACGAACCUAGCUAAAUGAGGGAGCUGCGGGUUUAUUAAGGACAUAAUUACAUCUUGUGUAGGCCUAUAGAUUUUCUUGGCAUGGAUCAUGACCGCCUGGCUAUCAUGUGCGUGUUUGGAGCUGCUACUGGCUCCAUCUUCCUUCUCAUCUUUCAAAACAUUUCAGAGUACAGAAAUGCUUGGGGAAAAGGUAGGAAUGAGUUUUUAUUCAUGCCCAACAAUUAGCCGGUGCUUAGAAGGUGAUUUAAUAAAACACCUGUUAGCAGGUGUGACAAAUGAUACAUAUAUGUGCCAUAAGUAGUUCGCCAUAGCCAUCUGUGCCACAAAGUGAGCAUGACAUCACGGUCGAUUACUGAUGAAAUGUCCCUCAAGCCUCGAGAGGUUUAUAACAUGGUAAUGAACCUAUUACCUAAUGAACAAAAUUUUGAUCUAGACAAAAAUUUCAUCACAGCUUGAAAGAGCGCAUCACAAAAUUAGUAAUAUUCCGAAGUUUCGUUGCGAAAUGUUGUAAAAUGCGGAUAAUAUAGCCCUGCGAAGUUGGCCAUUUUCCAGCCGUCAUUUAUAGAGUUUCUGAAAUGCCAUUUCAUGCGUUUUGGGCAGAGAGUUUACAUAAUAGAGAAUAGAGAGAAAAUAUUUAAUCAUUCACUCACUUUGCAGUACAAUUAAGGACCGAAUUACAUUGUGAUGACUAUGAAUAAAUAUAUGGAUAAAAAGUUAUGAUUACAACGAUUGUCGACUAUUCAUAUUUAAAAACUGUCAAAACCUAACUAUAGUAUCAUAAAAAUUAGAAUUAGAUAAGAUAUCAUAUUGAUAGAAAAUUAUUAAAUUAAAAAAAAUUUAAAACAGUCUGUAGAAAACUUCGAAGUGAAAAGUUUUUCUUCUUACGUAAAUCAUGACUAGCUACUAAGGGAGACUUUGGUCUAGAAACUAACUCAUUAAGUUUAUGGUUUGGUCGUCUGGGAUCUGGUUAAAACGUUUCACGCACGCAGCAUGUCUUCUAGCAUGUAAUUCCUCGAUUGAAGCGACAUUAUAAUACACAAACGGGUACACAGUUCGAAGAGCUCGGUUUUGAACGCGUUUGAUUUCAUCACUGAGGUAUUUUGGUAGGGCAUAGGCCAUAGUGGAACACUGUUGAGGCGUGAGACAGACACAGGUGGUAUAAAACUGUAUGAUAUAACCUUGUCAAGUACUCUUGCUGGCUUUAAUUGUACCAAAAGGUAUAUCCGUUUGGAACUCUUGGAGAUAAUAUUAUUGACGUGUUUAUUCCACUUGAUGUAAUAGUGAGACCAAGUAACUUCGCUUCUUCUACAACUUUCAGGGACUUUCCAUUAGCUUGAAUAAUUGAAUUGGAGCUAGGGAAUAUAUAUAUAUAUAUAUAUAUAUAUAUAUAUAUAUAUAUAUAUAUAUAUAUAUAUAUAUAUAUAUAUAUAUAUAUAUAUAUAUAUAUAUAUAUAUAUAUAUAUAUAUAUAUAUAUAGAUAUAUAGAUAAAGAUAAAAUAAACCUGGUUUACUUCAUAAGAUUUAUUCACUACAAACUUGUUUCGUAUGACAAGCAAUGCUUGCCACACUCAUCAGGUGAAUUUAAAUGUCGCGCUAUGUUGUUGCCAAGGUUAUAUAUACUAUAUACAUGUUUGACGUAAACGGAAUGUUCAAGUAUUAAAUUACGUAUAGUACAUAUAUAUAUACAGAUUAUAUUAAGUAAUGUAUAUUGCUUAAGAGAAAUUUGUUUCUAUGUCUGCAUUUCGACAAAAGUUCACUUCUUGAAUUUAAAGAACAAAGUUCAGGGUGGUAGAUUAUGAUGAAUUUUUCAUGUGUACAAAGACUGCAGCGUUUCGUUGUGUUGUUGUAGCUCUUGCAUUGCUUAAUAAUACGCCAGUUUAUGGAGUACUUGACCUUCGACUCUUUAAGUUGCCAGAUGUAUUUGCUCAGCUCUGUGGCAUUUCUAUACUUGCUUAAUCUGAAUGAGCUAGUGUGGCAAUAAUAUCUGGAUUUGAACUGUUCUUCAGUAUGUCCGACAUACGAUUCCUUUUGAUUCGUAUCGUUCCUAACAACCGUUGCUUAGUAUCCGUUUACGUCAAACAUGUAUAUAGUAUAUAUAACCUUGGCAACAACAUAGCGCGACAUUUAAAUUCACCUGAUGAGUGUGGCAAGCAUUGCUUGUCAUACGAAACAAGUUUGUAGUGAAUAAAUGUUAUGAAGUAAACCAGGUUUAUUUUAUCUUUAUCUAUAUUAGCUCUAUACUUCGGUAUAUCGAGCACUCUACUCAUAUAUGAUUCUAAAUAUAUAUAUAUAUAUAUAUAUAUAUAUAUAUAUAUAUAUAUAUAUAUAUAUUAUAUAUAUAUAUUAUAUAUAUAUAUAUAUAUAUAUAUAUAUAUAUAUAUAUUUAUAUAUAUAUAUAUAUAUAUAUAUAUAUAUAUAUAUAUAUAUAUAUAUAUAUGUGUGUGUGUGUGUGUGUGUGUGUGUGUGUUAGUUGUGUAAUUGUACACUCUGUAAUAUGUUAAGAUGAAAAUGUUCUAGAGUGUGUAUUAUAUAAUUUCCAUACCCAGCGCAAGCAGAAAGAUGUUUGCCGCGGCUGGGUUUUGAACCCGCGACCUUCGAAUUACUAGAUCGACGCUCUACCAACUGAGCUACACGGUCAGACGGAUUUAAGACUGGAAAUUAUGAAAUAUAUACUGAAUGUCAUAAACAUACUUGUUUAUAUUAAUUCAGCAUCGAACAAUACUAGUUCUGCAAGUGUUACUUAAAUCAAUCCGCAGUUUCUUUUGGUGGGGCCGAAAGUGAUUGGACUCAAACCAUUCCUGGACUUCCAUGACGGCAUCCUGGAUGUUGCUUGUAGCGAAUUUCGGCACAGCCACAGAUUUUGAUAUUGUAAGGUCGUCUACAAAUUUGAUUUCGUCAUCGACACUAGUUAUAUUAAGGCCGUACGUUCAUCAUUAAGGGCGAAAGUCAAAGUUUUUUUUCCCUGUGAGAACAAUCACGGCCAAGUUUAACUCGUUGUUUGGAACAAUCACGGCCAAGUUUAACCCGUUGUUUUCUAUUAGUCAGGAAGUCUGCGAUCCAGUUACUUGUGGCGUUCAAAAUAUCUAGAGAUUUUAGUUUUUCAAGAAUAAUGGAGUGGUCAACAUAAUCGAAUGCUUUCUGAUAAUCAAACAGCACCACUCUGACAGUGGCUCCCGAUCUAUCUGUUGUUUCCGUCCAUCGGUGCAUGAUCAUUUUUAUAACGGCAUGGCUUGUGGAAGAGCCAGGGAUCACACCAACGUGUUUUGGAUCUAAGGUUUUGAGGAUAGCUGGUUUCAGCUUCUUAUUCACAACAAAAUCUUCUGCUACUUUGGAGAGGUUAGGAGUGAGGGGGAUGGGACGAAGGUGUUGGUCUAUAUGCUAAACUGGCGUCGAUUUUGGAACAGGGACUGUGUUGGCCAGUUUCCAGAUAUUUGGCAGUUUGUUUUCUUUAAACGAACAGUUUAAGAUUUUCAUAACAAGUAACGACAGGAAAACCGCAUACGCUCUUACUCUUAGUAACCAAGAUGGGAUGUCAUCAUGCAGGGCCACUUGCUUUGGAGGGUUUAAGGAAUUUUAAACAUUUAUCAACUUCAAGGUCAGAGACCGUAAGGACGGUUGAUGUUGUGUCGACGGUUUGGUUUAUUGCUCUCAAGGUUUGAAAUUGUUGAAGAGGUUCGAGGAAGCUGUUCAUGUUAAUGUUGUUUGCAAUCUGAGUAUUGUUCAGGUGCUCUACAUCAUCCAUUUGUAAGGUGGAGCAGAAAUCGGGCUUAAUAGCUUUAAUAUAAACGUCACGUAAAACACAAAAAACAGUGAAAAUUUUAAGUAUAUUGGUGUAAUAUUUUGGUAGCUGUUGAAGUCGGACAGUUUGCAUCCAAAUAUUUCUAUAUAUUGUCCUUUCUUGUCACAUAUAAACUUGCCUUGUCACACAAAGGGGCAACCAGUUGCCCACGCACUGUUAGGGCAGCGGGGGCCGCUACCCCCGUGGUUCGGGCGCCCCUGUUGAUGGUUUGUGCUGAGGGAAGAUGUAGUUAUUUAAAUACUGCAUGUAUUUAAAUAAACACUUAUCAUAUAUUGCGAAAAUAAAACGCGAAAUUCUCGGUAAUCUUUCCAUGUUUCGCGCACCAAUAUAGUAAACGUUAUGUAAUGGAUGUUAUAAUGUACUGCAAAGUCAACUGGAUACCUCCAUAUACAUAAUAUUAUAUACACACCCUAACCUUAAACCUAAUCCCUAAUCCUAACCUAUAUUGGUGCGCGAAACAUGGAAUUAACGAUAACCGAAUUCUUUUUCUGUCGUUUGCCAUUGCUCCAGUAUAACUUGCCGGUAUAAACCGACGACACAUGAAGGGUGCAGCGAACGCGCGAGCCAAUCAUAUCAAAGACAAAGGACAUAGGAAGAACAAAUUAAUUACCCCCCCCCCCCGCCCCAUUGGGAAAAGAUUUGUCCCCGCCAUUGGGAAAAGAUUUGUUGACCGUUCUACAUUACAUCAAGAUUGUCUCGUAUAAACACUUGUUGUUUAGUAUUAUAUUCUAAACUCGAUUUACCAGCGUUCUCUCGAUCAUAGAAGAUUCAGGUGAUUUUACACAACUUUUGGGGCUGGUUGUUCAAAAGCCGACUAGCUUAACCCUCCUAGGUUAACUUAAGAUACAAAGCACACUUUGCCUUUGGAAAUGUUUCUUCAGAAAUCUUGUUUGGGUCGAUAGGAGUUCACUUCUCUGACGUUUUGAGAUAAACAGACGUGCAGAACAACACAAACCAAAACAGCUGGUUAAACUAUUUUGUAGUUAAAUAGUGAUUAACUUUCAAAUACGCGCUUCUUAUUGGAUACGAUGUCGUUUCCACUAACUAUAAUUAACUUUCAUCACUUUUUUAUACAACCGGCCUCUGGUGUUCGGUAGGAUCCGGUAGCGAAGCCUUGACUAGCCCAUUACAUUAGAAUUGAGGAAACAUUGAAUGAUGUACGCUUGCCUGACAUUUCUCAUGCAACCGCUAUCCUCCCAUGCAUGAAAGUUAACUCUCAUCUGCAAGACUUAAUUCUCAUGCAAUUCUUAUUUUCGUUUGACCGUGCAUGUGAUUCUACUUAUUUUCUAGCAUUCCUUCUCAUUGCAACCUGCAUCGAAUAUGCUUUCCUUCAUUAUCCCUACUUUGGAUGUUUGGCGUCAUAUCACAGAAUAAUUGGAGCAUUGAUGGGACUUCCUUAUGCAGUAAUUGUGUAAGUAUAAGGCGAAUUCACGAUCUUAAGGAAGCGACAUUUGACGUACCCUGGCCCAGAGGUUUUUUUAGGUUUGGCGAACGCGAAAUGCGAGAAAACGCGCGAAGAAAAAGGAAAAAACUCUGGUGAAUUUGUUAGCGAUUCCUGGUUCGGAUAAAGAAUGCAAAAAAUGUAUAAUGGCUUAAUGCAUCAUAUUCUAAAAAUAUUAUCCAAUCAUUAUCCUUGACGCCAGGGGCCGGUUGUAUAAAACUCUUAAUCACUUUUUAAUCACUAUUUUGUAGUUAAAUAGUGAUUAACUCUCAAAUAGGCGCUUCUUAUUGGAUGACGUUUGCACUUAAUCAUAGUUAACUUUAAUCACUUUUUUAUACAACCGGCCCCAUUUAUUCUCCUGAAUUUCAUUCAAUUUAACAUUACAUCUAUUCAAUUUAAUAUAAAUAUAUAUUUAUAUUCAUUCACUUUAAUCUUGCAAUAUACAUUCAAUUUAAUCCUGCAAUAUACAUUAAAAAAAAUCUGUAUUUAAAUUUAUUAAACACACCUCUUUGGGCCGACGUGAACUUUGUCUGUUAAUACAAAAGCAAGCAAAUUUGUCCUGUAGAUUUCAAAUGAAACCAUUUCUCUCCAUUUCGCAUUUCGAAUAAUAGACUCGGUAUUACAAAAUGCGAAUGUAAACUCUCCAUCUAGUAUUGCUUUCUCGUCCUUUUCGUUUGGCAGUGAAGUAACACGGCAUCCACGCUUUCUUAGUUCACGGACGUGAGAGUCAAUGAAAGAGUAGUCAAUUUGCAAAUGACUAUUAAGAUGAGUUUCUCCAGAAAAUUGUGGCUUUUGCCAAGUCGUCGUGUUACUCUCGGUGUUAGAACUUUGGAAUAUUAAACUCUUCCAUAAUCGAUAGCAAGAUGCAAAUACAUCUUUAAUGUGAAUCAAAUUGGAGAAGGCGCGGUAUUGAUGCUCCGUUAAACUUUUAAUUCAGGAAAUUUAUCAAUCUAUCUAUUAAUGCAGCCUAUAAAACUGCUUCUUUCAACUUUUGUUCGUUUAUUUAAUAAUAUAGUCAAUAUAGACAUUUCAAAAUUCAAAUGCUUCAAUUCAAUCAAAACACGAAACGCCUGCGAACAGGCUAUGAUGUUUACAAUAUCCAAUCAGAACACGUAGUCUAUCGAACCUAUAGUCAGAACCAAUCAACUCUUUCCUUCCAUUUUUGAAAGUUAUGUGUGGAAUGUGAACCCGAAAACUACGCCAAUUGCACCAGAGGGUUAUUCAAAACAGGCGAAAAUAAAUACCCUCUGGUUCCAGGGUACAUUUGACGCCGACCGGAAGUAGAUGGCACCGUUAUAAGAUCAGAACAUUUCAAGAACAGUGUAUUAAAACACCAUUUAAUAUUAAAACAAAUACAUGCUUGUAAACACGGGUUUACUUAUUUCGAAUAUCUCCGAUCUAUAGACUUCAAUUAUAGACUGCUUUUUCCCGACGAAAUAAACCCCAAAACCACGCUGACACGCUCGACUGAAUGUUUUGUCUAAUACAUUACUAUAUACAAACUUACAUGAAGUCUUAACCAUAAAAUAAACAGUAAAUUAAUUAACAUAAAUUAUAAAGCUAUGAAAAUGUCAAAACCGUUUCUACAACGCAUUUUGACGGAUGCGAUUUAUCGAAAACACAAAGAGUGCAAUGGAAUAAAACGUAUAGUACAAUUGCACUCGCAAAGAGUGCAAUGGAACGUAUUUCAUAUAUUGCACUCUUGGGAAAUGGAAUUUUCUAUUCAAUAUCAUGUGACCAUAAACAGCCAAUUAAACGAUCAGAAUUCAAUAAUUUAUUAUAUAAAUGGUGACAGUGCAUUUUGAUGACGAAUCGUGGUGUGAUUAUUAUACUUUUUUAUUGUAGCUUUGUGGUGACCUUUACCGCAGGUUUGCAAAAGUGUAAUGUAAGUUAUUAUGAGCGUAAAGUACUGUUUAAUAAACGAGCAGGAGUGCUUUAUUAGGUUUAAAGCCACGAGCACGCAGCGCGAGUGGCUUUAAACCUAAUAUAACACGACCUGCGAGUUUAUUAAACGGCUUCAAGCACGACUACAAAUUCAAUAGAUAUACUGUCUUAGUAUUCUUUAUAUAAAUACUACUAAUAUUAUAUAAAUAAUACUAAUGAGGACACGACUACAAUAGAUACCGUCUUAUUUGUAUUCUUUAUAUAAAGAAUACUGAUUAGGAGUGUUUUAUCAGGUUUAAAGCCACUGCACGUGACAUAUUAUGGUUGACAUGAUUUGCCAAUAAGCUUAUGAAUUAUUAAUGAGUGUUUGAAGUCCAUUUUAUUGUAUCUUGAGGCCCACUUCCACUCACGAAAAAUUUUGCACGGACAGAAAAUUUUACGAAAAUAUCAUUUUCAACUUUUAAAAUUUUAAAAGUUGAAAAUUUUCAACGCCAAAAUUUUUUUUCGACUGAAAAUUUGUGUUGGCCAAUCACAUUUUACAAAAUUUCUUUCUGCGGAAAAUUUUCCUGUGUGGAAAUGGGCUAAGAAUCUUGCAUUUCCCCACCUUGAUAUACUACUGUUUGGAGCCGGUUUUAUUGAAACGUAGUAAAGUUAAUUUUAGUUACAAAUUUUCCGCCUGUUAGACAUGAAUCUAUAUAAUCCAAUAAAGGUUGAUUAACGACCGUUGACAAUCGUUUUGAACAUGAUUAUGGACUCGUUACUAGUUACGCCCAAACCAUGCAAACCAGGCUUUAGUUCACUCCUCUUAACUCUUGGUGUAUUUCAAUCAUUAGGGCUAUACGACGCAUGAAUAUGUUGCUAUAAUAUUACCUAAUAUACCAUUGAUAUUUUGUCAUCUGUUUAUCAUGGGGAAGUUUACACUCGUACUUUACAAGGAAAUCAAAGAGUAUGGAACAUGCGGAAUACAAUUCUUCUUUCGUAAGGUAAGUUGUGACGUAUUUAAAAUGUAUUGGCCAUUUGGGCCUCAAAUUGUAAGUUUCUUGGGUUUUGUAAUACUGCUUUUUUAUCUUUAAAUGUAAUCGAAAGAGUCCUUAUUUCACCGCCAUUGUUAAUCCAGUAAGUUGAAUUCAUUCGCGAAAAUCUUUAAGAUUUGAGCAAUAAAAUAAUUAUCACUCAUUUACGGCAUGAGACCGCAGGAAACAGUGUGUUUUGUGCCCCUCGACCGUUGUUACCCGAGGCAAAGCCGAGGGCAACAACGGCGGUCAAAACACGCUGUUUUCCCAAGGUUUCAGUAAACAAGACGUUCGAAAGAGCGUUAACUCGCUGGGGCUAUAGAACCUGUCCCCUGUUUCAAAAUGGCGGUGUCCAAAUUCUUCCUUAAAAUUGAUUGAUCUCGGACACUCAGGACCGACUAUCGGGUCUGGCUUUAUGUACCCAUGCAAGUGACCCAACAAGAACAAAAAUACAAUUGUUCGAAUCAGCGUACGAAAUUGUACUUAUGGAUGCCAAACUCAUUUCUAAACAGCAGUAUUCUAGCGAUUUAUGGCCUUUGAAAGUCAAGUGAAAUUGUAUUGUUGACAAUUGACAAAUCUUCCAAAUUUAUUGUUUAACUAAUUAAAAAUGCAUUACGUUUGAUCCUUGAUAACUUUCGUAUCGUUGGUUUUCUCUUUUUCGGCCGUAUACCAAUGGAUUUGUCUCACGUUUCUCUUCAUUUUUAUAGUAUAUUGAUCCGACAAUAGUUUAUCUUGAUUCCUUGAAGGUUUUAAAGCGAAGUUUUUACCAAGCGUACGGAACAACUGCCGGCCGACAUGAGGAAUGUAGCGUAAAUAAGCGUACUAUAAGAUAUAACUAUACAGGGUGUAUAAAAAAACUGAACCUGAGAUUUGGAAUUGCUCCCAAUUUUGCAAAACAGCUAUUAGUAUCCAGUUUUUGUUAACAGGUGGGAAAAUUGUCGCUGACUAAAUUUAAAUGUCGCUGACCAAAAGUAUCGUGUUUCCACACAAUUUCUCGUUUUCCCAUUUUCCACUCGUGUUGAUAUAACUGUAUAUCAACACGGAAAAUGUUUUAUAUUUAUUAAAUAUCACUUGAAAGAUACUAAAGAUAACUAUGUGGCUGUAAUGACCAUAUCUAGGAUGAACAGUCAGAAGUGCAAGUGAAGUUGGUCAGACCUUGGUUGAAGGAUUACGUUAAGGACCUCAUUAAUAAACCAAAGUAAGGAUGAUAAAAAGAGUGGAUAAUUAACAAUUAUUCGCCGAAGGCGAGGUGAUUAUCGGUGAAUAAAAACCGAGACGAAGUCGAGGUUUUUAUUCACGAUAAUCACCGAGCCUGAGGUGAAUAAUUGUUUUAGUAUAAUUUCAUAGGUGAUUAUUUAGAAAAAAAUAGACAUUUCUUCGUCAUUUAUUGACAAAACGGCUUCGGCCGCCAUUUUGAAAAUCGCUUAGGUGAUUAUCGCGUAAUAAUCACCUCAACGGCAACCAAUCAGCGUGGAGAAUUUUCAAUAAUCACCUAUGUAAUUAUACUAAAAAGAGAUAAUUCGGAUAUAAUUCGUAUAAUGGUCUGUGCCAGUGUAGGUGGUGCUAACAAUAUGAAAGCUUCGGAUUGAUAUAGGGAUACAAUUACCUGAAAAAAUACAAGGAGAACUGAAAAUGCAAGAAGUUUCCUGGAUAAAAAGAGUAGCGUUAAGCACUGAUCUUGGUGGAUUGAGGAUACUGUUGAAUUCAAUAGCGAGCUUAAGAUAUGCACCAAAUCUACGACGCGGACGUGAAGAAAAACUGCAACUAUUCCCACAGUUUCACUACACGGAUAAAAAUUAUGGCCUCCAGUUGGUAGACAAAGUCAGAGACUCGAGUGAAGCAAAAUAAAACUGGAUUCCAAACAUUAGCAACGGUUUUUAUGUCACGUCCGCGUCGUAGAUUUAGUGCAUCUUAAGCUCGCUAAUAAGUAAAUUUUGAAGCCAGACUAUUUUUAAUAAGGAGAGAUUUUUAAAUCUGGGACCCUUUACAAAUCGAAUCGUUGCGUGUUGAAGUUAUGUCUUACUAUAAACAAAUGUUGUUUCGCAUGUGAUUUGGAAGACACAGCUUGCGGUAAGCUGCAUAUCAUGCACACUUGUACUGAUGAGAACGUUUUACCAGAUGAGACUCGUGGUCGCCAUCACUUCUGCCCAAUUUCUAUCCAGACAAUUAACAUGUCUCUUUUUACUAACAAUGGAGCGGUUAUUAUUUAUGGCACCGAAGAGAACUGAUGUUCUUGGUAAACAUUUUGCUGAUCCAACCAUUAAAAAGUAACAAAAAUAUUUUCCCCAGCCUCAAACAUCAAUUAAAAAAUAAAGAUCCACUCCUGGCCAAAAACUUUACAAAAGGUUAUACCAUUCAGUUGCCACACAUAUCUUUUGUCACUUCUGUGAAAUUAGUUUGAUAACUGCUCCUGACAAAUCGGGAAAUGAUCAAGAUAGUGACUCUGAUUGAUUUACAUAUUGGAUUGACAUAGGAUUGUUGACAUUGCAUUUUAGUCCUCAAUAUUUGAGCGAGUCAUGCUUUGGAAAUUACAAGAAUUUUUUAUUACGCAACGCUUGAGUUGUUUCGUUGUUCAUUUACCCAACCUUUUACUUACUCAAAAUGUUAGUUACCCAACCCUUUUGUCUUUCGCAGGGCCGUUCCUAUUCAUAUAUUCGUAUAUUCGUGUUCACAUACCGUAAAAACAAUCGCUUUCAAAAGAAAUCCGUCUGGCAGAACACGAAUAUAUGAAUAUACACCCCCAAUUAUCGCGCUGGGAAGGGCUUUGCUCUUUGGUGCCACCGAAAGAGUUGGGGGUCACUUGGUUAAUAUGGCGGCUAUCGACAUACUGUAGCUACAGUAUCUAAUCCUGGUUUUCAGAAAACCAAAUAAUACGAAUCAAACAUUUCGAUUUAUUUGUAGACCUCCCCGCCAUUAUUCAAGGUUGGAGUUCUUCUUGAGGAAAAUUUACAAUCCCAAGAAAAGUAAGUUUUGGGGACCGAACCCCGUACUUAGAGCGAGGGUGAAAGGCACGUGCAAUAACCAAUACUAUAACUGUAUUCAUUAAACUGGUUAUUAAAGGGUUUUUAUAGUCUUAUUCAGUUUAAAAAGAUGACAACCAAGUUCCAAAUUUUUCUUUUUUUGUAUAGAUUUUAAGUUCUCAACACAAACUCUCUCCGUGGUCAUGAUCUGCUCUAUUCUACUUUACGGGGUGAGUCGUACAAUGUUUAAAUCGAUCUUUUUUAAAUUUAUAGAAUAAAAAUAUAUAGACAAACGAACUAGUAAAUUCACGAGGAAAUCAGCUAAAAUUCAAGUGAACUGAUUUCGAAAAUCCGGACUAUAGAAAUUCGCCACAUAAACCUUUUACUUAACUGGCUGUGUAUAUAUAAGUGUAUUUUGUUCAUAUAUAAACAUGCCAUCCCGCCUAUAUAGGGCGAGUUUUUCGCCUAGCAUGGGAUGUUUGUCUAAACGAAUGAUUCUUCUCUAUGUAAAUCAAGCUUAUGUUUCCUUGUAGAUCUCGUUGUUGGACGUGUAUCUGGCAAUUCUAUGGUUGGACAAACUUAACAACCAUUCUUCAGACUUUGCUUUAGUAAAACGUUCAGUCAAAGUGUUACGUGAUUUGGUUGGUUAGUUUAUACUUCAUAUUUCAUUACAUUUUCUUUUAAGAGUAAAGGACAUCGGCAGCAAAAUUUAUGUUUAUCUACAAUCUUGGCCAUAAACCUUAGAUUUAUUGUACAGACAAAAUGUUACGUGUUAGUAAAAAUGUGGGAAAGCAACAUUGAAUUGAGGGGGGGGAGGUACAAUAUAAUUUUAAAAACCCAAGUAUAUUAAGAAGUUGCGAAUUUGUUUAGCCGUUCUAUACGUACUUUUGGCCAAGAUUGUAGUUGAUAAUGAUAUGCAACAUUUUUGUUCCUUUAUACAGUUGAAAACAACUUUUAAAACUGUUUGCAGUUUAUCGAUUUUACGGCUUUUUCAACUUUUCGUUUCCGAGGACGAUAAGUUAGGAGUUUAUAUACGGCCUGGAAGAUAUAACAGCACGAGAUUUAAUUCUCGUAUUUACUUUUAGAAAAGUUUCAAUAUUAGUAGUUGAAUAUUGCAGCUAUUUGUGAAUGUUCUCGUAAUCGAAAUUGUUCUCGUAAUUAAGGAGCUAUAUUUAUCAUGUCUCUAUAUAAGAAAUGGGCCUCGUAUAUAUGAUUUUCUGAACUGAUUAAAUGAUACUCUCAUUAGAUGCUUUGCACGUUUAGAGUUUAAGGUUUAGAGUUUAAGGCCAGGGUCAAACGUCGAACUUCUCAUGCGCCGAACCUGAUGCAAAUGAAGUGAAACAAAGAACUUAGCUUAACAUUAGGUUCGGAGCAUGAAAAGUUCGACGUUUGUCCCUGGCUUAAGGUUUGCAAAGGACAACCUUUUUUGAAUUAGCUGUAUAUAUUACAUUUAACCAUUUACGUUUUUUACACCAUGAUUUUUCUUUUUUUGUAUUAUUGCGAUCAAAAAGCCAGAUACGAUGCGAUUUAAAAAUGCCGCUCGAAAUCGCAUUUUUCCACCGUUCGGAAUUGCAUGUAAAGCUAUUGUCUGAGUAUUGAAAUUAUUCUCGUUUGGGAUUCAAAUUUAAGUUGUAAGAAUCAAGAUGGCGCAACACAUGUGCAUGUAAGCAUCAAGUUUUGGUAAAUUUCGUCUCGAAAUUUUGCAUGGGAGCUUGCAGACUGGACUCCAUUCUCGUACCCAUAGCCAUUCUUACGCGCGUUCGACCGAGCGCGACGAGGGGCUCUGGCUUGCUCUGGCCAAAUCCAUAUCAAACUGGCAUCUGAUUGGCCAUAGUUCUAAUACCGGAUAUUGUUCUCUUACCAUGUUUUUAUGGUAUCCGGUUAUGGAUUUGGCCAGAGCCCCUCGUCGCGCUCGGUCGAGCGCGCGUAAGAAGGGCUCUGGGUACGAGAAUGACUGGACUCCAAUUCCAAAAGGGCAACCAACCUCGUACCCAGGCUCUUUUCACUACGCGCCUCGCUAAGGAGACGCGUAGUGGAAAGAGCCUGGGUACGAGGUUGAAGGGCAACAAGCAUGGUCAUGUGGGAAGUUAUCAGCAGGAGCUAUCAAUGUAAAUAUUGAACAGUCGGACAUUUGUCAGAUCCAAGCAAAAUUGUUAUAAUCCACACUGGACUUGUUAUAUGAAUGCCUUCACAAAACGCAACAUACAUUACUCAGUGUUGCCCGGGCUUAUAGAUUUUAUAACGUUUUCUCGUUUAGGUUUGGCGCUCGCUGCUGCUCUUUUUGCUGUCAUAUUGUGUGUUAUCUCUCUUAUACGUUUCCUGGAAAACCAUAAGUAUGUUUAAAUCCCCGCACAGGCGAACAUGUUUUCUUGGACAACUUUUCCCCUACAAGUUUUUUUGUGAAAUUUCCUUGACAACUGUUCCUAACCUCAUACCCAGGCGUUUUUGGGUUGCCGCCACACUAUGACCAGCUUUGGAUGAUGCAAAUCUUAUAGUUUCGUUUUAAAUUUUUCUGGUUUAAAUUUCAUGCAAUAUAUAGCUUCAUUCAUGGUUGAAUAUGAAUAUUUCUGUAUUAUAAACACCUGGGGCCACUUUUAACCUGUGAUUCCACACAAUUUUAAGCUUUCCUUUUAUAUUUUAUCUAUAGGAACAACAUGCUAAGGAUGUUCAAAGGAGAUAAAUCUUUUAUUCCUCGGACGAUUAGUGUGUCACAGUUCAUGAUUGUAAGUUGAGCGAUAUACUGAUAUUUCCCUAUUAAUAUGAACUUUUCAGCGACAACGUUUAAGCCCCCUACACAGGGACGCCGGAAGAUCGAUAAUUGGGGCGGCAGAUAUUCAUAUAUUCGUGUUCACAGACUGUAAAAACAAUCGAUUUCAAAAGAAAUUAAUUGGGUAGAACAGGAAUAUAUGAAUAUCUGCCCCCCCCCCCCAAUUAUCGAUCUUCCGGCGUCCCUGCCCCUACAGACGAGCAAUUUUCCCUUGACAAACUUCUCUUGACAAGUUUACCUUCUUGUGUGUACAUGGUCAACAAAUUUUCCGUGACAAAUUUUGUUGCGAAAUGUCAAGGCUAUUUAUUGAGCUCUGAAUGUUUUUACUGUUUAAAAACAAGCAUAUUAAGAUAGCUAUAGCUAGCUUUCACACAAAGAGACUUGUUAUGGAAAACGUUGCUGUUUUCUGUCCUGUACACAAGUGCAUGAAAAAGGCGUGGCCGUAACUAGUUCAAAGUAUAAAUCCACACCUGAAUAUUUAACAGUUCUACGAACUCAAGUCGGAUGAGCUGAUAGCCGAUGAGGCGCGUAUAGCGCCGAAUCGGCUAUCGAUUAUAAUAUUCGACGAGAGUUAGUGGAAUAACUGUUUUUCCAUUUAAGGUUUGAAUUCACAGAUUUUGCUUUUCGAAUAUUUUGUUUUUUGUUUUUAUCUUCGCUCUUUCGGCAGAUUAUUUUUUCAAAAAUAUAUAUAUUUAACCAUUUUAAAUUUUAAAAAUUGAUUUGCUAACCUGUAAACAAUUUGUGGGAGUUUUUCAUUGCGUUUUUAAUGCUGUAAAGGCUAUAAAAAGCGAACAACUUGACGUUUUCUCGUUCGCAAAACGUCGGAAAUUCAGUUCGAGCUGCCAUUUUGUUUUUUCUACUAGCAGGAUAUGAGCUAAUGUCCUGCUAGUAGAGUACCAAUGUUUGUUUUUCCUAGGGGAAAGGACUAAGAUACCAUAGUUUUCAGAUUGGCUACUUUUUGUGGGGUAGGUGUUACUUGACUAUAUCCCAAAUAUGAUCCUUGUUUAUAGUAUGAAUAAUAUUUGGAUAAUUCUAAGAAGAAAUAUAAUAUAUCUUUGUAGUAAAAAACCCUGUCAAAAUUGCCGGAUAUGAAGUGAAAUGAGUGAAUUUCGGGAGGAAAAUAAAAAGAAAAAAUAGUUUACAUUUUAUAAUGACAUCAUACAGUAUCUGGCAAGUUAGACAAUGAAAAAGUUUACCAAGAUGAGCUUUUUACAUAUACCAAAAGUCACAUUUACGUUGUGUCAAUUAUUUACGCGAGUGAGAUCAAUGGGAGGUCCACCUAUCACCCAAAGUCAUGAAUUCCUGAUCAUUGAUGGACUUUUCACUCUCCUAUACGUCCUAUACUUCCUCAGCUCGUUGACCUUCCUUUACCUGGGGCCGAGCGGAAUCAAGGAUCGUUAAAAAGUGCAUUUAUAUAUUUGACAGUAGUGUUGCAGUUAUUUUAGGAAACCCAAUUUUGUAGAACAGGGAGGGGAGGAUAGGAUUAACAUAAUAUCAACAGAAAUUGUUGCAUUUGGUGCCCCCCCCCCUCCGUCAUUUUAGAUUUAGCAAGAUUUUUACACCGUUGUUCUAUCUUUUCAGGUUACAUUUUGCUCUUUACCCUGUUUUCGGUCAUCUUCAUAUUUUUUUACAUUUUAUCAAUUGGCAUCGUUCAGGAUUUGGUCGUGGGCUGGUUAGAAGGAGGAGGGUGGGUAAAGCCUUGUUUUCUACAUAACUUGUUAAUAAAAGUUUAAUUUGCCACUCUGUGCGAGUUUUUAUUAUUAACAUGACAAAAUUACUGGAUGUUGAUUGGUUGUGAGGAGUUCAAUAAUUUCAUUAAUUGUACUGCAGUACAAUUAACGUUCACAAAACAAACAAAAUGGCGGAAUUUAAUUAAACUAUUCGGUAUUUAAUUAAACACAAAUGAAAUUGCCCUAGCAAAAUAACUAAAUAAAAAUACGAACAAAUUAAAAGCACCAAAUUUUGGUUGGAAAUCUGGCAGGACUGGGCUUUGGCGAGAGAAUAUGAUGUUGACAUUGAGAAGUAUCCAAUUUUGUCAUGCUAAUAAUAAACAAAUAAUCAUGCGAUGUUGCUCGUACAAUUAGGGAUUAAUGGUAUACUCGUGACGUUUGGAAAUUUUGCCAAAUUGGACUCGCUCCGGCGGCCCAAAUUGGACUUGCCAUCACAUGAUUACCAAUAUAAAUUGUAGUUUGAUUUGUGUAUCCUGCCUAAAACAUCGCCUCUUCCCCCAACACAAUGUUGUUGAAUUACGUUGAAAAUGUAGGCAAAAUAAUGGCAGCAUUUGGUGGGGGUAAGGGGGGGGGGGGACUAAUGAAGUAAUUUGAAUGUAUUUUCCUAAAAAUUCGAUCUAUUUUAUUAACAGUUUUGUCCACGAUUGACUAGGUUGGUUCUACCUUGUAAGUUCAGUUCAGAACGACAGAGAUUAGGCUGCUUAGGCAAAUGAUACCGGAAAAAAGAAGUAGGUUACUUAGGCCUAGAGGGCAUGAGUAUAUACUCCCCCUAGUGAGAACAGAAAGAUUCAAAAGGGCGUUCAUAAAUCGUUGUCUGUAUAACUUUGUUUAGACUUUAAUGUAUUUAAAACUUUUUAAAACUUUUUUACGCUUCUUAACUUACAUUGUAAAUAUAACUAUCUAGAUCAAUUACCUUUCGAUUGUAAACUCAGACGGAUGUAUCUGAGUAUUUUAGUAAAGACUAUUAUUAUUAUUAUUAUUAUUAUUAUUAUUAUUAUUAUACCGGAAGUAUUAUUCCAGAUCCAUUCUCCAUGACAUCGGGUCCGUAACACGGGUCAACUAGUCCCAUUGAUCCAAGUUACGAUUAUUUUAGCAAGCCAUUUUGCCUCAUAAAGACUCAUAAGAGCAUAUGAGCCUGCUUUGCUGGGAGGCUCACCUGAGUGCAUGGAUGAAGUAUUUCUGUGUUCAUGCGACUGUAAUUUUAUCUCACCAAUAUCCAACUUGAAGGACAAUAACUUACCAUGAUGACAAUGAAAUGUUUUUAGUUGUAAUUAAACAAACAGCACCUUGUAUUACAACUUUAGUAGUAGUAUAUCUGUUUGGGUCUAUUAAUGUUUAUUUUUUGUUUGCAUUUUCCAACUGUAUGCCGUUCAAUACUAUAUUAUAGGUCAAAAUCGGUAAAAAUAUGUCCAUCCCGGCCAGGUGGAAUAAUAAAAGCCUCCACAUGGAGAAUUUUAUCCCAUAUGACUGAGAUCUCACCUACAGUAAAACCCCACGUAUAAGAACCUAGAGUUUAAGAACCUGUUGGGCUAAAAUUGGUUAUUUAGACCCCCUUUGUAUAAGAACCUGUUUAGGCUAAAAUUUCAAACAGGUUCUUAUUUUAUUUUUAUCAUUCUAACAGUGGAAACUAAAAUUUAUAAAUAAAAGAAAACAAACUCUUCUCUUCAUACAGGGCUUUCAGAGUUAUUCUGAGUAGGUGGCUGUGUUAAUAAAGUAUAGCCGGCUGUGGGGAGCAGUCUAGGGAGUCUUAAAGUCAUCCAAAUUAACUAGUGCAUAUUGAUUAUAUAGCUACACAACUGAGCUCUGUAACCAAAUUAUAAUGCAUCAGUACUUUCAUUCUUCAAGAAGAUAACUUCAAGAUUUAAGAUGACAAUUAACUAAAUCAAUUUUAAGAAAUACUAUGUCGUUUUCGAAAAUUAAAUAACCAGGAUAUACUGUAAAGUAGGGCAGGUUGAUGAAAAUGAGUCGCUUUUUCUUCUUCACCAACUGAAAAUGAGUCGCUUUUUAGUCGCUGGGGCACUCUGUGCCUCCAGCGACUAUAGGUUUCGGCUUCAUCGCGGAUUGUUGGUCACAAAAUGACCUACGUCAUUUUUUUGUCAAACAUUACGUCAUUACUUUCAGUCGCUGGAUUCAAGAUGGCCGCUUACUUGGGAGCGUAUUUGGAAAUAAUUUCAUCGAUUUUGUGCAUAUUUUCUUCAUUUUUUCGAUGAAACUUAAUAGUUUUCCCAUCAGCCAGACUUUAUAAACCGAAAGUCAUCUUAUAUGAGUAAACUUGGAAGGCUAGAAGCCUGAAAUAGACGACAAAAGUUCACAAUUUUCACAAAGUUGGAACAUCGUAAAUUGCAACAAUAAUAUUCGCAAGUUGCUGUUUAUUUGGAUGUAAAUAGAAUCUGCUUAAUGGACAAGGGUUUAAUAGGGCUUAUUGCCUUGCUGGCAAAUGAUAUUUUAAAAGCUCCCAGGACAGCUGUUAUCUCACAAUAGGUAUUGUACAUUAAAAAUCUUAGAUGUGUAACCAGGAUUAGACAUAAUGAAAAGAUGAGACGUUCUCUGGUUAAUAUAUUUAUUAAUCACAAGCUUUCGGCUACCAGUCUGUAGCCUUCAACGGGUGUAUAUACAAUAUGAUACAAGGACGCUAAAACUAUAUAAUAUACAUAUUAUAUAGUUUUAGCGUCCUUGUAUCAUAUUGUAUAUACACCCGUUGAAGGCUACAGACUGGUAGCCGAAAGCUUGUGAUUAAUAAAUAUAUUAACCAGAGAACGUCUCAUCUUUUCAUUAGGUAUUGUACAAUUCAAACACACAGAACAUAUUAAUUUGUAUAAUAGAUAAAUUUGGCAAAGUUAAUUACAUUGUUGCUAUGCAAUUCACAACUUUAAACAUUCAUGUCUAGUUAGUGUUCUACAGUAGUUCACACAUAGAAUAGAACAGAGAUAACUAAGCAUUUGAUAAGCCUUAUACACUAUAAAAGUCAUUCAUUCAUUCAUGUAGCUAGAUAAUUCUAAUGCUUAGUUAUCUAAUUUGUUCUUCUCUAUGCUUCAGUACACUAGAACAAUGAUACUUUAUAGGCAUGUGACUUAUGCAAAUUUGUGAAUUGGAUAUAACCAAACUUAGACAAAUUUGUUUAUCGUCUAUAUAUAGUCGGGGGACUUGUUUGAUGAACUUUGUUUUAAUUUUUCCUUAAAUCCCAUUUUUGACAAAAACAAUUUCAUUAUAUGAACACAUAAACUUAACAAACAAAUAGCAGUCUUAAUCUCAAUCACAUGCAGCGUAAUAUGCAAUAGCCCCAGCGACUAACGCUCAAUAGAGUGUCUUGUUCUUUAGAAAAUAAGAACCUAUUUAAGAACCUGUUGAGCCUAAUUUCGCGAUAAGCACCAUUUAUAUAAGAACCUGUUUGGCUAACUUGAAAAAUCUAGGUUCUUAUACGCGGGGUUUUACUGUAGCACAAGGUGAGAUCUCACCUAGUCAGCCUGGCUUGUUUCUCAUACGAACACAAAUUGUAUUUUAUAUGUGUUAACAAAGGGCACUCAGGUGAGUUUCCAGGUUAUCUGGGCUCAUAAAUGGUAUUCAUCUCAAGAAAUGUUGCUUCACAUUUUGUUUCAGUGUUCUCCUGGCCGUGGCUCUUCUUACCUACUUGUGUCUGCUUAUAAUCGCGGCGACAAUAUUCCGUGAUUACGACUUUCCUAAAAACGUCAUAUCUAUAAAUAACAGGUAUGUAUUUUUGUGUGUGUUUUGAUGUUAUGUAUACUCAGGUGAAUUAAUGUUUUUGAUGUUACGCUGAAUCUCUGAUCAUGUACUUUACUGUGUAUAGGUUCUCCCUGGAACGUGGGAUUACUCUAAAUAUCCCGUACACCUCGAAACAAAAUCCCUUAAAGGCCCUAAAGGCAUCCAUCCAUGAACAAAAAAGUCUUUGACAAAUACUCCGCAUUGUCAGAAUAGAUAUGAAACUGGCAUCUCCUGUGGUAUAAUCACACCAAUAUUGUUGCAAAUCGCUUCAUUUAUAGUUUAUUCAGUCUCUGUGUUGAUUAGUUUGAUUUCAGUGGAUCAUAUUCAUAUGCCCUAUGACACAUUUAGACAGAUUGCCCCCUACUUAAUGAAGUUUGGGUUUUUUCCCAGAAACGUAUACUUGGUGUUCUCGUAUUUCUGGUUUUUCGUUGGUCUUCCCAUGGGUGUCUUCUCUGCCAUAUCUCGGAUUCUGAAGGCAAUGGCUGUGGGAGCUCUAAUGUUGCCGAGAAUUGAUCACAGUGUCAUGCCUGAUGGCUUUCAACGGUUUGAUCGAGGUAACCAACUCGCAUAAGUGACAUUAAGUGUACGGGGUUGAUGCUUUCCGGGGAGGGGGAGGUUGAAUGUUUGCCCAUGUUGUUAUGGAGGAUUGCAAUGAAAUAACACAGGCCUGAAUUUAACAUAUGUUUCGAUAGCUCUGCCUGAAUUUUCUGGAUUUGUCGUAUUGCAUUUGCCCGAAUUUCAUGGUUUUGUAAAGUUUGGAGGGGGCAGUUGUGCCCCCGCUGUCUCAUACGCUUAUGCCAACUUGUUGCUGGGGCGGGGGGAUAGUUUAGAUUUUAAUGGUGUUAGGUCAGUGACAGACACUGGGAGAUAGGAUCCAUGGGAAAACUAGUUUAGCUCGGGAAAAUGGUAUGAAAAUGUUUACGACCUUCAUGGAAUUUGGAAGUCAAUUUCCGCCAUAUUGGCUUUGCUUUUCUCGACCGACGUUCUCGCUCCAAAUAUAUGUGGAGCUCACUGGUUUCAGCAACCAUCUUUAUACGGUGAUACUUAUGAAAGCGACGUUAAUUUUCGCCAUCUUAGCUCCACUUUUCUCAAAGGCCGAAUUAAUGAAGAUAGUUAUCCAUGUAUGUAUAUAGAGAGAGAGAGCUCCAUGCAGGGACGCCGGAACGAUAAUAGGGCAAAGGGGGGCGGACGCACACCAAGGGCACCUUUUCUGAAAAUUUUUUUUCCCUGUGGCUACCUCCCAUUUUAGGGGUCAAAAAUUUUUUCCGGACAUACAAAAAUUUUCCGUGAAGCCAAAAAUUUUUCCGGAUAUCUUAAAUUUUCGCCAUUUCUUCAUAAUAUUUUUCUAAAUUCCAAACAUUUCCCAAAAUUUUUAUAAAUAUGAACUAUAAAUUACCUGAAUCUCGUGAUUUUCCUACAAAAAGCAUCGUUGGAAAUGUGAUUUAUCACGUAUUAUUUUACAACUAAAAGGGCACUUCUGCCCCCCCUGCCCCCCCUAGCAAAAGGCAAGGGGGGCAGCCGCCCCCCCCUGCCCCCCCCCAGUUCCGGCGUCCCUGGCUCCAUGACUUGGUCACAUUGGCGUAGCCAAGGGCCUAGACACCGAUUGUAAAACUAUAGUCGAUACGCAGCAGGCCUCGAAUUUCCCUGAAAUCAAUCGACGGCAAUGGCGUUAAAAAUUGCUGUAGAACGUAACAGCUGUCUACAGCAAUUUUGGCAGUUUCCACAGCAUUUUUCAAAUUACUGUAAUAGAUAAUAUGUAAUUUACGUGGUGUUUCCACAAACAAAACCUAUUACUGUAAUAGAAUUUAAUUUUACUGUUACUUUGGAUUUUUGACAAGCUAGAAACAUGUCUUCGUAUUUCUUUAGUGUUUUUUUUUCGAAGAAAAGUUAGACUAAAUUAGUGAUUUACGCAUGAUUUGAUCUGAACUCAAGUACCAAAGUAGUAUUGCACAGUGAAUAGUAUAAAAAUUGCACUAUACGGCAAAAAAUUGCCGUCGUUGCCGCAAUGAUCCACGGCAUUUUGUUCUCCCUCAACGGCAAUGGAGCAUUUGCAUUAUAGAGUAAAUUUUGAUCUAGACAAAUAUUUCAUCACAGCUUGAAAGAGCAUCACAAAAUUAGUAAUAUUCCAAAGUUUCGUUGCGAAAUGACAAUGUUGUAAAAUGCGGAUAAUAUAGCCCUGCGAAAUUUGCAAUUUUCAGUCAUUUUGUAUUACAAACGGGAAAUUGAUGCCCCAACACCCGAUUGGGCUGUCAAUUUCUCGUGCGUAAUACAAAAUGACUGAAAAACGGCAAACUUCGCAUGGCUAUAUUAUCCGCAUUUUACAACAUUUUGCAACGAAACUUUGGAAUAUUACUAAUUUUGUGAUGCUCUUUCAAGCUGUGAUGAAAUUUUUGUCUAGAUCAAAAUUUAGUCUAUAAUGCAAAUGCUCCAUUGCCGCGAUAAAAUUCGAGCUCUGAUACGCAGGCUACAGUCUUUAUAACAUUUUUUUGUUAUUUUGAAAGGUUUCAAUGCGUACAUCUGUUAUCUUCACGUGCAAACAGCUUAUAGAAAUCCAGUCCUUCGAGUUUUCUGUCAGAUACUGAGUGACGAAACACGUAAGUUUUGACAAUUUCUUUACAGUUUAGGGUGCGAAUAAACCUCAUGAAUUGUUCAUAAAUUUUACAAACAUUUUUUUACAACCAUAAAUUGGUCGACUUCAAUCGUAUUAUCUGCGCCCGGCAUAAGAUUUCUCCGCAUGUUAUUUAACGAAAAUCUUCACAUAAGCCCCCCCCCCCCUCCCCUCCAAAAAAACACAGCCCUCCUCCUUCAAUAACCCUGCUUUUGGAUUUGCAACGUACUUAUGCGAACAGACUUCGUCAUUGUUUGAUUAGGGUAAUAAAAGACAACAAACGAUAAAAAUCAUCUUUCUAAAGUAUGCGAGUGAUAGACAUUUUUGUUUUGGAAGACCGUUCAGAAAACGUGUACCAUCUUUCUAAAGGGAGGAAUAUAUCGAUCCCCCCUAUUAAAAUGACUUACACUUUUCACGGCAUAAUCAUUUAAUACCCCAAAGGGUAUUGGGCUGUCAAUUUCCCGUUUGUAAUCUAAAAUGACUGAAAAUUGCAAACUUCGCAAGUCUAUAUUAUCCACAUUUUGCAACGAAACUUUGGAAUAUUACUAAUUUUGUGAUGCAUGCUUUUCAAGCUGUGAUGAAAUUUCUGUCUAGAUCAAAAUUUAGUUUAUUACGCAAGUGGUCAAUUAGGCCAUGGUAUAAUUUGUGCAUGAUACAUAACUUCUUUUGCUGGCGAAGCUAUAGUCAUACGAUGUACUAUUAUUUAGUCAUAUAUUAAUUAUUAGAGGAUGUGAGUUAAAUAGAGGGAGGGGGCUUGUUUCUUUUUAGCGCUUCUAAACUGGGCCCAAUUAAGAAGGGGGAUGUUAAAAAGGGCUAAAUAGAGGAAAUAUGAUCAUAAUAAUAAUUGUGUACUAUUUGUAGAAUCGUGAAUAAUUAAUAAGGCUACAAACAAAUCACGACGCAGUAUUUAGGUCACAUGUGCACACUUAUCGCAGUAAAGAUCAAAAAGUCGUGUUGAGGGAUGUUUAUGAGAGUUAUGAAUACUAAUUCCGAACAGUGGCGUAGCCAGCCCGACAAUUUAGUCCCGCUAUGCAAAUUCAUGAUCAAAAUUAUUAUCAUUAUUCAUUUCUUUAGAAAUUGAUUGUUUUCACAGUCAAUGAACACGAAAAUAUUUGCAUAGCGGGACUAAAUCGUCGGCCUGGCUACGCUACUGAUUCCGAAGCAGGACGAUUAUUAGAAUCAAAACGCAUUACAUCACUAUAGAUUUACGCUGUAAAUGCAUGCUAAUGAAGCGUGAGAUUGUCCCCAUGGCAGUGAAUUCUAUAUAAUAAAGUAAACAAAUAAAUUCAUUUUACAAGUUCGUUAAGAUAUCGACAACGAGCUCGCAGCGCGAGUCAUUGUUAAAUGCCUAUAAAGAUUGGCCUCUCAUAUUUUAACUAUACCACUUAAACACGAGCAGAAGUGAUUUAUCAGACUGCGAGUGUUUUAAAUGGCUUAAAAAACGACGACACCUAUCUGAUGAGGUUAUUGGCAAAUUAAUUUUAAAAAUAAACGUCUAAAAUCCGAGAAAAUCAAAGCUAAAAUUUAUGUAAAUGAACAUGAGUUUUUAUCACAUAUAUAACCACAGACACGGCAGUGAUUUCCCGUUUCUUUUCCUCAUGAAUUAUUAAUGAGUUUUUUAAAUAAUGUAUGAAAGGACACAACAGGGAACGAAAAUGGACAUGUUCAGCUCAAGCUCGUGCCAGAUGGUUCCUCGCCCUUACCUUGGCUCGCAACCCACAACUGGUGUCGGACCGUAAACCUGGUGGUGUUGAAGCACCUCAACCUGGUCAAGGUGGUUGUGUCAAACAUGGCGACGUCAAAAUUGAAGUUGGUCGGUAUGGAUUAAUACAAGAUAAGUGA